AUGGCCAUGGACUCCAAAGACUUCAUGACGAAGAUACUUCCGCGUCUUUCAGGACCCUCCGUGCGGAUCCGAAUCCUCAAGGAAGAUACCACUGUUAUUGGCGAAUACUCGGCGCCAGCGGAGCUUCUAAAAUUUUGCUCGCCAUUUUUCGCCAGCGCCUUCCAAGAUGAUGGUACAUGGAAGGAAGGCGAAUAUGGGGUGGUAGAUCUGCCGGAGAUGGAAGGAGUGGUAUCCUGUGAGAGCGUCGAGAUGUUGCUGCAGUUGUUCUACCAGCAACAAGUCAAUGUAAGCAACAACCCGCACGUUUCCGAGGGCCAACAAAUUUCGAGACUGAUCGAGUUUGCCCAUCUUUUAGACUUUGUGGGCACUGAUGGAGUGGAUUUUGCAGGUAGACUAGUUACUGAGCAGGUUAAAAAAAUACUUGCUGAAGAUGACAGUCCUUUCAUCGCACAUAUGAGUUUCCUUAAGGUCAGUCAUCUCCGGUCCAUCUUUGCCCUACCACCAGGCCAUGCGCUCCAACACUUGUUGGUUGAAGCUUGUGUACGGAGCAAAAUCGAGACCGAGGUGGAUGAAAUGCCCUGUGGGUACUUGGGGAGUGAGUUCCGUGGCGAACUCCAAAAGUUACCAUGGGCGGCCUCCAAACUUGAGGAAUUGAUAACCAUCGCGAUGGCGAAGGUUGGGAAUUACCGUCCGCCGCCAGUGCUGGUGCCGGAUACUGAAACCAACAGCGACACCAACACUAACACUAGCACUGAUACUGAUAGUGAUAGUGACGAUGACAAGGUGAAAAGGUUUAUUUGCGGCCGGACUGAGGAUGAUUGGUUUCUUGACCCCUUGACUGGUAAGGUUCACAAGCAUCUUGCCUGGCAAAAUAUGAACCCAUCCCUGAUCCGUACCCGUGGGUUAUGGCGGUAG